UAUUACUCCAAGUCUGUCCAACACUGAAACUGUUGGCAAACAAAUUUCCCACUAAACUAAAAGUGGUAGCAAGCUAGAUUAUCAAGUUAGACAGCUAACAUUUUUUAAAUACACUAUUUAAUAACUCUUCCUUUUGAAAUUUUAGUGGACUUUUAAUAAGCCAUCGCUAACGAUGGCUCACGCGGUAAGUUAGCAGUAUGCCAGCAGCUAAAUUCGCGAAUGGAAACGUGUUAGCUAUAAUUUACUAUCGAAGUUGAGGGUUGAAUUGUAGUCGCGAGAUUCAAGUUUAGUUAGCAUUGGGCGCGUUGGAGCAGAUCACUUUUUUAAAGUCGCCUUUCAAAGGUUGCAUUAAUGUGGUUAAAAAAAAUUCGCCUACUGCUUGAACUUUACAAAAAUCAUGUGAACAAAGGUCAUGACGUUUUGACAGCAAGUUUCUGCAGUUGCUCUUUACCAACUUCAUCCUGCAGCCAUCGCCUUGCUCAGUUGGUAGAGCAUGGCGCUUGCAACGCCAGGGUUGUGGGUUCGUUUCCCAUGGGGGGCCAGUAUGAAGAAAAAAAAAUGUAUGAACUCACUAACUGUAAGUGCUAAAUGACUAAAAUGUCAAUGUAAAUAGAGCUCGCCAGUUUGUAGUCCUACAACCCGGAAAUGAGUUACCUCAGGUUUGUUUAGCCAUCCAUAUAGGGAAAGAAAAGGGAUUAAGGUUAUGAAGCCUUUAUGUGCUUUUUGAAAUUAGAUUAAUGCUGAAAUUCACAAAAAGUGAUGUUAGCUGAUAAAGGAUAUAAGAUCUCCUAAGCCUGUGUUUACCACAGACCUUAUUUUCAGUGUUUAUUCAAAAAUGCCAUUAAUUUCCCCAUAGGCUUUGUACAACGAACCAUUGGGGAGUUGGUGCCUACAAAAAGACGCCAUUACUACUUCUCUUUAUUGUGGGAGGAUCUAUUGUCAACCAAUCAUUAGGGUUUUUGUUUGACCCACUAGAACGUGACCAGACCAACAUUGCCACUGAUUCAGGCAUACAGUGGCGUAAUACCAAUUAAUGUGAUAUUUGACACUCUGUCACUGAUUUCAUUUUGUGAGUGUGUGAUAUCGGGGUUGGAACCAUGUUUAUUUCGACAUUAUAAAGAAAAACUUUUAUAAACAAUGGCAACACUGCCAUGUUGAUCUGAGCCUUGCUGUCAGAAAACCACAUUGUCAGACUUUCGGCUGUUACAGAUACAUCUCCCCUGAUUUAGUCCCGUGUAGCUCAGUUGGUAGAGCAUGGCGCUUGCAACGCCAGGGUUGUGGGUUCGAUUCCCACGGGGGGCCAGUAUGAAAAUAUGAAAAUGUAUGGAUAAGAGCGUCUGCUAAAUUACUAAAAUGUAAAUGUAAAUUUAACUCCCAGUCAGUUGCUUCACCUUACCACUCAAACGCGCCCUAUGCCAUUUCCAUAGAGGGCAGGUGCACUAGUAUCUGUGUGUUAGAGAUGAGUAUGACUGUCUCCGCUCUAACGCCCAGAAAGCUCAGUUUCAAACUCCCAUUAGAUGGCUCUGCAAGCAUUACAGUGGGGGAAAAAAGUUUUUAGUCAGCCACCAAUUGUGCAAGUUCUCCCACUUAAAAAGAUGAGAGAGGCCUGUAAUUUUCAUCAUAGGUACACGUCAGCUAUGACAGACCAAUGGAGAGAAAAAAAUCCAGAAAAUCACAUUGUAGGAUUUUUAAUGAAUUUAUUUGCAAAUUAUGGUGGAAAAUAAGUAUUUGGUCACCUACAAACAAGCAAGAUUUCUGGCUCUCACAGACCUGUAACUUCUUCUUUAAGAGGCUCCUCUGUCCUCCACUCGUUGCCUGUAUUAAUGGCACCUGUUUGAACUUGUUAUCAGUAUAAAAGACACCUGUCCACAACCUCAAACAGUCACACUCCAAACUCCACUAUGGCCAAGACCAAAGAGCUGUCAAAGGACACCAGAAACAAAAUUGUAGACCUGCACCAGGCUGGGAAGACUGAAUCUGCAAGAGGUAAGCAGCUUGGUUUGAAGAAAUCAACUGUGGGAGCAAUUAUUAGGAAAUGGAAGACAUACAAGACCACUGAUAAUCUUCCUCGAUCUGGGGCUCCACGCAAGAUCUCACCCCGUGGGGUCAAAAUGAUCACAAGAACGGUGAGCAAAAAUCCCAGAACCACACGGGGGGACCUAGUGAAUGACCUGCAGAGAGCUGGAACCAAAGUAACAAAGCCUACCAUCAGUAACACACUACGCCGCCAGGGACUCAAAUCCUGCAGUGCCAGACGUGUCCCCCUGCUUAAGCCAGUAGAUGUCCAGGCCCGUCUGAAGUUUGCUAGAGUGCAUUUGGAUGAUCCAGAAGAGGAUUGGGAGAAUGUCAUAUGGUCAGAUGAAACCAAAAUAUAACUUUUUGGUAAAAACUCAACUCGUCGUGUUUGGAGGACAAAGAAUGCUGAGUUGCAUCCAAAGAACACCAUACCUACUGUGAAGCAUGGGGGUGGAAACAUCAUGCUUUGGGGCUGUUUUUCUGCAAAGGGACCAGGACGACUGAUCCUUGUAAAGGAAAGAAUGAAUGGGGCCAUGUAUCGUGAGAUUUUGAGUGAAAACCUCCUUCCAUCAGCAAGGGCAUUGAAGAUGAAACGUGGCUGGGUCUUUCAGCAUGACAAUGAUCCCAAACACACUGCCCGGGCAACGAAGGAGUGGCUUCGUAAGAAGUAUUUCAAGGUCCUGGAGUGGCCUAGCCAGUCUCCAGAUCUCAACCCCAUAGAAAAUCUUUGGAGGGAGUUGAAAGUCCGUGUUGCCCAGCGACAGCCCCAAAACAUCACUGCUCUAGAGGAGAUCUGCAUGGAGGAAUGGGCCAAAAUACCAGCAACAGUGUGUGAAAACCUUGUGAAGACUUACAGAAAACGUUUGACCUGUGUCAUUGCCAACAAAGGGUAUAUAACAAAGUAUUGAGAAACUUUUGUUAUUGACCAAAUACUUAUUUUCCACCAUAAUUUGCAAAUAAAUUCAUUAAAAAUCCUACAAUGUGAUUUUCUGGAUUUUUUUUCUCUCGUAACCAAUGUAUUUUGACAUUAUAACGCUUGCAGAGCUGUCUAAUGGGAGUUUGAAUUGGAGCUUCCUGGGCAUUAGAGAGGAGAGAUGUCAUAAAAAAAAAAGUCCAUCUGUAACACAGAGAUACUGAGGCAGGGUGAUAUGACACAGAUAAUGUUGUGUUUUUCGGCCAGCAGGACAAAUUGUAGCAUGUCUGCUGGUGAUGGAAGUCAACUGACUGGCGAAACACAAAGCUAUAAUAUUUAUACAGGUGUAGUUUAGUUAGCUAUGUUAAUAGUACUGAGGUUGGUAUAAAGAACCAUACUAAUUGGCCACAUUUUGUCGACUGUGGGUGGUGGUGUGUUUUUAACAGGGAGAUCUGUCACACCUUGCCAUCAGAGUGUGAUGAUGAUGAACCACCAGAAUGAUGAGGAAGAGGGUGGUAAUAAAGACAACAGAUUCUACAUCGAGGCCUCCAGCAGCUCAGAAGGUGAACUGGGGUUUAGUCAAUACAAACAGUCCAGCUCACAGAGAGCUCCCCAGGCCACUGGAGGGAACUCUCCCCUAGUUCUGGCCUUCCCUCUCUCGUCUGGCCGGGCUCUACAGGAUGUGUCCCCACUGGACAGCAGCCCAAGCCCAACCUCCAGGCGAGGCCUCGACUCAGAGCGGGACCAGGACCUGCAGUAUUAUGACGAACCUCUAGAGGAGUGGAUGAUCCUGGGAGGAGAGGAGCAGGAGGGAGACGGGGACAUUCAGCUCAACCUGGGGUACUGGAGCAGCAGCUCAGAGUCACAUUCUGGAACAGAAGGUGAGGACCAGACAGUUCAACACUUGACAGAGUUCUGCAGACAAGAGGGUUCUGCAGAUGAGAGUUCCGCAGACAAGAGAGUUCCACAGACAGAGAAAAGUUCAGCAGAUGGACAAUUCCACAGACAAAAGGAGUUCCUCAGACAGAGUUCUGCAGAUGGACAAUUCCACAGACAAAAGGAGUUCCUCAGACAGAGUUCUGCAGAUGGACAAUUCCACAGACAAAAGGAGUUCCUCAGACAGAGUUCUGCAGAUGGACAAUUCCACAGACAAAAGGAGUUCCUCAGACAGAGUUCUGCAGAUGGACAAUUCCACAGACAAAAGGAGUUCCUCAGACAGAGUUCUGCAGAUGGACAAUUCCACAGACAAAAGGAGUUCCUCAGACAGAGUUCUGCAGAUGGAGUUCUAUGGAUGUUAUAGUGAUUUAUACCAUGGUGUUGUUGAAUACUAGUUUCUGAUUGGCUUGAAGGGCAUUCUAGAGCGUGCAUUAUUUCCCUGUAACGCCACGGUAUAAUUCAAUGGCUAGUUCAUUCUUACAUGUUCUAUGUUUGAGCUGCUUUUGAAAGCAAAAGUUGAAUUUAAAACAUUAUUGGCAUUGUUGAAUUCGAUUUUCAUAAUAGCAAGCUAGGACUGAUGGUUUGGUUAGCUAAACUAGCAAGUCUGUUUGUUUACCAAGGCAGCUACUGUAGCUAUCUAGGAAACUUGCUAGCUACUUCAGUGGUUGUUGAACAUGUUUCUACCUGCAAAUGAAGACAUUUAUAUCAGCAAAUGUGUUAAAUUAUAGUCAUGGUUUAAAAGAGAUAAUCAACUCGGGGCUCUAUGCGUUCUCUGGAAAAUAAUGCAACUCCGUGGAAGGUCAGUUCCACUCCGCUAGCGCGUCGUUUUCCAUAGAACGCAUAGCCUCUUGUUGAUUAUCCUUUACGUAUUUGAAUGUGUCCCUCAGAGAUACAUAUUUGUUACACAGAGUAGCAGUGUAUGGCAUGUUAAUGACUUGUUUGGACACAAUGGUUUUCAUGUGUUAUAAAGGCGCUAUGCUUGUUGUCUCUCUCACAGAUGAAGAACUGAAUGCAAAAUAUGCUCUCAAACACAACUGGGCCAUAAUAGAGAAGGACAAGGUACUAUUAUCAUUAGUUAUCAUCACUAUUCUGGAGUUUGGGCCAGUUUCAGUCUGCGUGAAGCCCUCAGGGCUCAGAUAAUUGGCUUGUUCAAAUGAUUCUUUAUCCUGUUUCUGCCCUGUUCCAGUCCUGUGUCAACCAGCCACGCCCAUAUCGCUACUUCACCUCUGACCGGAGCCUCACCUGCCACAACUGCAAUAAGACUGGACACCUGGCCAAGAGCUGUACCACUCCUAAGGUAAAACACAUACACACACACACACACACAUACUCCAACACUGCUCACGUUGUGUUUCUCUGUAAACAGAGGCGACCCACCUGUGUGUUGUGUGGGCUCCAAGGCCAUGUCCAGAGGGCCUGUCCAGGCCGGCACUGCCACAGCUGUGGGCUCCCCUCACACGGGCACCAGCCCUGCCCUGAACCCCCUUUCUGGAACCAGCACUGCCUCCGCUGUGGGAUGACUGGCCACCUAACAGACGUAAGUGUGUGUGUUUACCACAAGCCUUUAUGUGCGUUUAUGUGUGUGUUUUUGUGUGUGUGUUUGCAGGUAGCCUUGAGCAUGUGUAGUAUGUGUUCAUGUGUGUGUCUUUGUGUUGAGUUCAGUGCAACAUGUCCUUAAUGUGUUCUGUGUCCUUCCCAGGCCUGUCCGGAUACAUGGAGACAAUUCCACUUCACAGUGAGUGACCAUGGAAAGGAGGGGAGGAAGGAAGGGUGAAUUAUUAAAAUAUUGGAACAUGUCCCCUGACUGUUUUGUCUUGUUUUAGACUCAGGAGGAGGUUCCCCUCAGGCCACACAGUGACCACACCCACAAACACCACAGACACACCGCCCACUGCUACAACUGCUCCAGGAGAGGACACCAUGGCCAUGUGAGACCAACUGCAUCCGGUGGCUGUCUUUCUCUGUGGUUCUUUCUUUCUCUUAUUCCUUUCUCUGUCUUUUAAAAAAUAUCUUAUUGUCCCUCUAUCUCCCUUUGCCUCUGUAUUUUUUGCUCACCCUUCCCCCCUUCUCUCUCUCCCUGCCGCUCUCUCUCUCAGGAGUGUACUCAGAGGAGGAUGGUCAGUGGGACGUUUGCCUCGCUCCCCUAUGUCUGUCACUACGACAACAAGCAGGACAUCAUCAAACAGAAUACCAGGAUACACAGAAAAGCCAGAGGUGAUGCACUACACACACACACACACAAAUGUGUCACAGCAUGUAUUGUAUAUGUUGUAGAACUUGUUUUGUAUGGUGUCUCCAGAGCUACAGGAGGAGGGCUUCAUGCCUCCGUUAGAGGGCCAGAGGACCUCCAUGACACCAGGGGGCAGUAGUGAAGAGGAGCGGCCAUCCCCAGCUCCAGGGAGGAGGAGAAGCCUGGAGGGCAGGAGGAAGACGUGGCCGGAGAGACGCAGGGAGAGACGGGAGGUGAAGAAGCUGAGGAGAGAGGCCCAAGCCAGGAGAGCGGUUGGGACGACCAAAUGGGGCUCAGACGAGGUUGUUUACUCCAGGGACCCCUUUAAGAACACCCACAGAGAACCCAUACCUCCCCUUCAGAAGAAGAGACGCCGUGAGGAGAGGAGGGAGAGCAGGAGUGAGGAGAGGAGUAGGAAGGGCAGAAGUAAAGAGAGGAGUAGGAAGAACAGAGAAGCAGAGAGGUGGAAGAAGAGAGGAGGGCUGAAGCAUGGGUACCUGUACCCCUGUGAUGACUUGGGACCCAUGGAUGAUUACCUCCUCUCCCCAAAAAACAGGGUGCGGAUUUCAUAAGAAUACAGAGAUAAUGUGUUUGUAUUGUAUUCCAUUAUGUUUGAAUGGCUGAUGAGUGUCUUGAGAAUUUUAGUCACAAAAAUGUGGGUUUUAUUAUUUUGUGGUAGAAAUGGCAGGGAUGUGACAUUGCAGGACACUGUUGGAGUAUAGGAAAGGUUAGAAAAAUACUUGGGUUUUUUAACUUAUUCAUUGAAUGAUUGACAAAUAAAGCAUUAGGCUAUGGCAA